AUGCCGUCAACGAAGAAAGGUUUGCAGUCGCUGUUGGGCAAGAUUAAUUUCUUAAGGAGAUUCAUCUCCAACCUUAGUGGGAAGACACAAGCAUUUUCUCCUUUGCUUCGGCUCGACGAGGAAGUGUUCGAAUGGGGGCAAGCUCAGCAAGAGGCAUUUGAUAAGAUUAAAGCGUACUUGAGCCACCCACCAAUCUUAACGCCAACUUGUAGAAAUAAAAGUAUGAGAUUAUACAUAUCUGCAUCUGACAAAACCUUAGGGAGCAUGUUAGCACAAGAGGAUGAUAAUGGUGUCGAAAGAGCCAUUUACUACCUCAGUAGGGUUUUAAACGACGCAAAAACUAGUCGAAUUGGGAAAUGGGCAUUAGCAUUAACUGAGUUUUCCUUAACAUACAUGCCAUUAAAAGCUGUGAAAGGACAAGUGGUAGCGGACUUCAUAGUCGAUCACUCCAUUGACACCAACGCAUUGAACUAUGUUGAAUUAGGGCCGUGGAAGUUAUACUUCGACAGAUCUAGUCAUAAAGUAGAAGGCAUUUGUUCAAAUAAUGAGGUUGAAUAUGAAGCCCUCAUAGCAGGACUUGAAAUCUCAAAUUGCAUUCGGGUACAACAUUUCAAAGGAAAAGUUGCACAAAGUCAUAGAAGCCAGAGGAAAGGUGGUGGAACUAGACUAAUUCCUUCAAAUUUAGAAAAGAAUAAGUUAGGAUGUGCUGAUGAAGGAAAUUUCGAAAUAUUGGCAGUAGACAGUUUGACAGAUGAGGACUGGAGAAAGCCAAUAGUGGUAUACCUGCAGAAUCCCACAGCAUCUACUGAUCGAAAAACCAGGUAUCGAGCAUUAAGUUACGUUCUUUUGGAUUCAGAAUUUUUUAAGAAAUCUCCUGAAGGAAUUCUGCUGAAAUGCCUUAAUGAGUCAGAGGCAUACUUCGCCCUUUUGACUAUGCAUAAUGGAGCGUGUGGGGCACACCAAGUCGAUCAUAACAUGAAAUGGCUCUUAUUCCAUCAAGGGGUGUAUUGGCCUACCAUGUUGAAAGACUGUGUUGAAUUCACGAAGGGUUGCCAAGAGUGUCAGGUGCAUGCAGGCAUACAACAUGUCCCUGCAAGUGAAUUACAUUCUAUCAUCAAACCUUGGCCAUUUAGAGGUUGGGCUUUAUACUUGAUUGGAGAGAUUCGACCUCCAUCAUCUAAGAGUCAAAGAUAUAUAUUGGUGGGAGUCGAUUAUUUUACAAAGUGGAUUGAAGUCAUACCCUUGCCAAAUGUGAACCAAGAGGAUUUGAUCGAAUUUAUCCAAAAACAUAUCAUGUAUAGGUUUAGAAUUCCAAAGACAAUCACAACAGAUCAAGGAUAUGUAUUUACUGGUCGUAAAAUGCAGGAAUUCACAAAAGAAAUGGGUUUCAAUUAUUAA